GUGGUUAUGGCUCCACAUGAGCCCCCAGUUGUGUUUGUUGACAAUUACAUCAAGCUCCUUGCUGACUGCAGCACCGACACCUUCCAGAAGAUACUAGACAUGAAGGGCCUGAAGAGGAGCGAGCAGAGCAGCAUGCUGGACCUCUUCCGCCAGCGCCUCCCAGCUCCCCCCUCUGGGGGGGAGAACAGCAGCUCCCUCUCCCUGAGUGCCCCCACGCCCGAGCAGGAGUCCUCUCGGAUACGGAAACUGGAGAAACUCAUCAAAAAAAGACUCUAA